CUACUGAACAUGGAUUCAGAUUUUCCUUUGUAUAUUUUCCUGAUUUCUGUGUCUCAGUCAGUGGUGGCUUUUAACAUUGAUCCAAAUCCAUGGAAAAAUUUCAAACAAAACCAAAACACAGCCUUUGGCUACAAAGUGAUACAGAAAGACAACACAAGUUUAAUUGUGAGUGAUCCCUUAAUCCGAAGUGGAAAUAGGACUGGCAAAGUGUACAGCUGUGAGUUUUUACAAGGAGGAUGCACACCAAUACAAAUGAACGAACCCCCUGAGGCUGUCAACAUGUCCCUUGGACUUUCAAUGAAUAAAGAUCGUCAGUCUUCAAAUGUAGUGGUCUGUGGCCCAACCAUUCCCAAGGUUUGUAAGAAUUUUACUACAUACAACGGCAUGUGUUUUACACUGAUUAACAGCAAAAAAACAUCAGGACCAAUACCAAAUACUCUGAGAGCUUGCCCACCACCAACAGACAUCGCAUUCUUGUUGGACGGCUCUGGAAGUAUAAACUUCUGGGAUUUUAAAACAAUGAAGAAUUUUGUGAUAAACAUGGUGAAUGGUUUAAAAGACUGGGAUUUUCAGUUUGCAGUUGCACAGUUUUCCUUUCAAUGUGUAUUACACAUAAAAUUCAACACCUUUCAAGGGACCAAUCAAAUAGAACAGAUCAACCAAUUUCAGGGUGGUACCUACACAGCUGAGGCUAUCCAAACAGUUGUGGAUCAAUUAUUUACCACACAGGCUGGGGUGAGAGAAUAUGCUAACAAAGUGUUGGUGGUCAUCACUGACGGUCAAUCAAAUGGUGGGUAUGACCUGAGAACUGCUGUUCAGAACGCAGAGAGGAAGAACAUUGUUCGCUAUGCUAUAGGGGUCGGAAAUGCCUUUAGCAUUUCUUCAGCAGAGAUGGAGUUGAAAACUAUUGCAUCUGAUCCAGAUGAUAAACAUGUAUUUAAAGUAAAUGAUUUUUCUGUAUUGACGGCAAUCCAGGACACACUGGCAGAGGAUAUCAUUGCAAUUGAGGGAACCCAGACUUCUGGAGAAUCCACCAGGAUGGAAUUUGCACAGGACGGCUUCAGUGCAGACUUUGUUACAAAUGGAAACAUAAUAAUAAGUGCAGUUGGAGCAUAUCAGUGGAAAGGUGGCUAUCAAAAGUACAGCAACAGUGGAGCACCAGUGAGCAGCUUUCAGAAGGGCAACGGUAAUGACAGUUAUUUAGGUUAUUCCAUGACAGUUGCAAAAAGAAACUGGGGCUACGUUAUCAUUCAGGGAGCUCCAAGAGAUAAUCACAUAGGAAAAGUGAUUACAUCAGAAAAUGGAGUUGUUCAGACAAUAAAUCCUCCUGAGCCUCAAAUUGGUGCCUAUUAUGGUGCUGAGUUAUGUGUGGUGGACUUGAAUUUGGACAACAUUACGGAUCUUCUACUUGUUUCUGCCCCAAUGCAUAAUGAGGGGGAUGAGGAAGGAAAAGUCUUUAUCUACACCUUUAUCACAUUUGGUAGAGAGUCCCAGGCACAACACAUACAAACAGUAAAAGGAAUACCAGGACAAAGGGGGAGGUUUGGCAUGACGUUGGCGAGCCCCGCUGAUCUAGAUGGGGACAGUCGGAGGGAUGUAGUAGUAGGAGCGCCUCUAGAGGAGAACGGCCAGGGCAGCAUCUACAUCUUUAAUGGAAGAACACAAGACAUUAGCCCAACUUUCUCACAGAGGAUCAGCGGCUCGUCCAUGCAAAUUGGGCUGCAAUAUUUUGGUUUUUCUCUGAGUCAGUCUGCUCUGGACCAUAGUAAAGACACACUGCCCGAUCUUGCUGUCGGUUCCAAAGGAGCAGUCAUCAUUCUAAGAUCUAGACCCAUUGUGAGUUUGGUGAUCACAGUAACUUACACACCGUCCAAAAUCCCCACCAGAGACAACGACUGCAAAAAUCCUUUGCCAAACACAUUACAACUGUGUUUUACUAUGAGUGCCUUAAAUCCUGGGAUGACAGACUUGUCUGCAAGUAUAAAUUAUACAUUAAAACUUGAUGCCAAACGACAAAGCUACCGAGCAUUCUUUUCACCGAAGCAAGUCAAAUCAAAUGGCACAAUGACUUUAUCACUAAAGAAGAAUUGCAUGGAUCAUGGGUUUUUCAUAGAGGCCUGCCCCAAUGAUGCCCUAAACCCAUUAUCUAAUGAGUUAGUGUAUACAUUUGAGGGUCUCCCUAGAACAAUUGACAGUUUACAGCCGAUGCUGCAUCCUUCUAUGAAGAACACCUCCUAUUAUAAUCUGGAUUUUGAAAUAAACUGCGGAGAUGAUCAAAUCUGUGUUGAUAAACUCAAAGUGGAUUUUAAUUUUUCUGGAUACACAGUUAUACAAGUCGGAAUUAUGCAAGAAAUAAAUGUAACUGUCUUCAUAGAAAACAGAGAGGAAAAUUCAUACAAUUGUCGAGUAAUCCUUCAAUAUCCAUUUGGACUUUCCUUCAGGAAAUUUACCACUAAACAGGGUAGACUAGAGUGUGUUUCUGUGGACAGUGAUGACAAAGCUGCAAUGGGGGAAACUACUUGUUACAUCAGCAAACCCAUCUUUAAGAAUAAUAGCCUGGCUAUCUUUGAUAUUACAUACAAUAUAAAUAAAGAUAGUAACUUUGACAGGAUGGUGACAUUUACUGCAUCUGCUUUCAGUGACAAUAGCAACCAUUCACAUGAGAGUGAAGUAUACAAAAACAAAACCAUUGAUGUUAAAUAUGCCAUCUACAUUACACUGAUCAGGGAUGAGAAUUCCACCAUCUACAUGAACUUUACUGCAGGGGAAAAUGACCUUAAUAAGCCUGUCCAGCAAAUAUUCAAGGUGGAGAAUGACCUCAGGGAUUUGACUGUUGACAUUUUUAUCAGAGUACCCAUACAAUUAGGAGCUAAAGACAUCUGGGCUAAUAACAGCUUGCAGAUUCAAGACUGCAAUACAGACAAAGAUGAACAACCCACAAUUCAAGAUUUUGUGGCAGCUCUGAAAAAAAACCCUGAGGUGAAUUGCUCUGUAGCGGUGUGCAGAGUGUUUAAAUGUGUUGCAAAUCUCUUUAAAAUGCAAACGAAAUUCUACAACAUCACUGGUAAUAUCAGCUCUGAAUGGAUUGAACAGACCGGACUACGAUCAGCAGUUUUUGAGCUGGUCAGUACUGCAACACUGGGCUAUAACAAAACAACAUAUAUCUACUACUCUUCUGACUCUACAAACACUGCACCCAUUGGCAAGAUUAAUACCCAGGUGGAGGUGUAUGAAGAGAAAUUCCCGCUUAAAGAGACGAUUGGAGGUGUUAUCGGAGGGCUUGUGCUUUUGGCUCUUAUUACUUUAGGCCUCUACAAGGCUGGGUUCUUUAAAAGCAACUAUAAGAAGUUGUUGGAGGAAGCAGGAGCAAGGGCUGAGGCAACCGGAGGCGCCACAGGAGGACCAAGAGAAGAUUGAUCAAUCUUCUCCAAAAUAACCAGCGCUAUUCAAGGAGACCUCACGUUAAAAAUAAAAAAUAAAAAAGGAAAACUUGCUUAGCCUGUUUAACAUUAAAUUUCUCUUAUAGCUGCUGCUGCUUACAGUAAUGUUUAGGCGAGCUUACAAUGCAGAAUCAAGUAUAAAGAUUAGCAAACUGUAUUGACUAACAUGCAUUAGUGCUUAAUAUUUGUUGCAACUAAAUAAUUUCUGCUGAAAAUAUCUGAUCUGAUGUUAAAAUAUAGCCUAUUAUGUAGUUAUGGAAUUACAAAAU